AUGUCGGUUAAUCAGAUGCUUCGCUCUACUGCCUCCUUCACUCGGGAACUCGAAACUUUGGUGGGAAAUCCGAAUCGCACAUCCGACAUCAUUUGGAGAUCAGGCGGGCGUGUCAUAUCUCCGGCCAUGACGAUGAUGACUCCUCCGCCGUUGGAUCAUCAGGACGAUGAAGAAAUGCUUGUGCCUCACUCGGAUAUUGUGGAAGGGCCUCAGCCGUUAGUUGAAGGGCCUCAGCCAAUGGAAGUGGUGCCAGCGGAAAAUGCUGGAGCUGUGGAAAACCAGGUGAAUGAUGACCCACAACCAUCUAGUUUCACGUGGACAAUUGAGAACUUCUCCAGAUUGAAUAUGAAGAAGCAUUAUUCUGACGUCUUUGUUGUUGGGGGUCAUAAAUGGCGUGUGCUCAUUUUUCCGAAAGGAAAUAAUGUGGACCACUUGUCGAUGUAUUUAGAUGUGGCUGAUUCAGCUACAUUGCCAUAUGGGUGGAAUAGAUAUGCGCAGUUUAGCUUGGCUGUAGUUAAUCAAAUGAAUAACAAAUUCACAAUAAGAAAAGACACACAGCACCAGUUCAAUCAAAGGGAGAGUGAUUGGGGUUUCACAUCUUUCAUGCCUCUUAGUGAUCUUUAUGAUCCACAAAAAGGGUACCUCGUCAACGAUACUUGUGUUAUUCACGCUGAUGUAGCCGUACGCAAGGUCAUUGAUUAUUGGACAUAUGACUCAAAGAAGGAGACGGGCUAUGUUGGACUUAAGAAUCAGGGAGCAACUUGUUACAUGAAUUCUCUGCUCCAAACCUUAUACCACAUUCCUUACUUCAGAAAGGCUGUAUAUCACAUGCCGACAACAGAAAAUGAUAACCCCAGUGGAAGCAUUCCAUUGGCAUUGCAGAGUUUAUUUUAUAAGCUCCAAUAUCAUGACACCAGUGUUGCUACAAAAGAACUGACGAAAUCAUUUGGAUGGGACACAUAUGAUUCGUUUAUGCAACAUGAUGUGCAAGAACUUAACAGAGUUUUAUGUGAAAAGCUCGAAGACAAGAUGAAGGGAACUGUUGUAGAAGGGACUAUACAAAAAUUGUUUGAAGGUCACCAUAUGAACUACAUAGAGUGCAUCAAUGUUGACUUCAAGUCAACAAGAAAAGAAUCUUUUUAUGACCUUCAACUCGAUGUAAAAGGUUGCAAGAAUGUCUAUGAGUCCUUUGACAAAUAUGUGGAGGUCGAGCGUCUUGAAGGAGAUAACAAAUACCAUGCUGAAGAACAUGGUUUGCAGGAUGCGAAGAAGGGUGUCUUGUUCAUGGACUUUCCUCCAGUUCUUCAGCUUCAGUUGAAGCGCUUUGAGUAUGAUUUUAUGAGGGACACAAUGGUUAAGAUAAAUGACCGGUAUGAAUUUCCCUUGGAACUUGAUCUGGAUAGAGACAACGGAAAGUAUUUGUCACCAGAAGCAGAUAGAAGCAUACGGAACCUCUAUAUGCUUCACAGUGUUUUAGUGCAUAGCGGCGGGGUGCAUGGUGGGCAUUAUUAUGCUUUUAUCAGGCCAACACUUUCCGAUCAGUGGUACAAAUUUGAUGAUGAGAGAGUCACCAAAGAAGAUGUGAAGAGAGCGUUGGAGGAGCAGUAUGGUGGUGAAGAAGAGUUGCCACAAACGAAUCCAGGGUACAAUAAUACUCCGUUCAAAUUUACUAAGUACUCAAAUGCAUACAUGCUUGUGUAUAUAAGAGUGAGUGACAAAGAUAAGAUAAUAUGCAACGUGGAUGAGAAGGAUAUAGCAGAACAUCUAAGGAUAAGACUGAAAAAGGAACAAGAAGAGAAGGAAGACAAGAGAAGAUACAAAGCACAGGCCCACCUUUACACUAUUAUCAAGGUUGCUCGAGAUGAGGAUUUGAAGGAGCAGAUAGGAAAAGACAUAUAUUUUGAUCUUGUUGAUCAUGAUAAAGUCCGUAGCUUUCGAAUCCAGAAGCAGAUGCCUUUUAACCAAUUCAAGGAAGAAGUUGCCAAAGAAUUUGGUAUACCGGUUCAAUUUCAGCGCUUCUGGAUAUGGGCAAAAAGACAGAACCAUACGUACCGUCCAAACCGUCCGUUGACACCUCAGGAGGAAGCACAAAGUGUUGGAGCAUUAAGGGAAGUUUCCAAUAAGGCCCAUAAUGCAGAACUGAAGUUAUUUUUAGAAGUAGAGUUUGGAUUGGAUUCACUUCCUGUUCCUCCACCAGAAAAAAAUAAGGACGACAUACUGCUAUUCUUUAAGCUUUAUGAUCCUGAAAAAGAAGAGCUUAGAUAUGUGGGUAAGCUCUUUGUGAAGAGCUCCGGAAAACCUAUUGAGAUACUAGGGAAGUUAAAUGAAAUGGCUGGAUUUCCUUCGGAUGAAGAGAUUGAACUAUUUGAGGAAAUAAAAUUUGAGCCAUCUGUUAUGUGUGAACGCCUUGAAAGAAGAGCUUCAUUUCGAUUUAGUCAGAUCGAAGAUGGGGAUAUAGUUUGCUUCCAGAAACGCCCUCCAGCUGAUCGCUCAGAAGAAUUCCGAUUUCCUGAUGUUCCUUCAUUCUUGGAGUAUGUGAAAAAUCGUCAGAUUGUGCACUUUAGAGCCUUGGAGAAACCCAAGGAAGAUGAAUUUUGCCUAGAAUUAUCAAAGAGUCACACUUAUGAUGACGUUGUUGAAAGAGUUGCCCAACGCCUUGACUUGGAUGAUCCAUCUAAAAUUCGGCUGACUCCACACAAUUGCUAUUCACAGCAACCAAAGCCAAAUCCCAUUAAAUAUAGAUCAGUUGAUCAUUUAAUAGACAUGCUUGUCCAUUACAAUCAGAUUUCGGACAUUCUGUACUAUGAAGUGCUGGACAUUCCCCUUCCAGAAUUGCAGUGUCUGAAAACUCUCAAAGUUGCUUUCCAUCAUGCGACCAAGGACGAGGCUGUAAUUCUCAAUAUUCGAUUGCCAAAGCAAAGCACUGUUGGAGAUGUCCUCAAUGAGAUCAAAACAAAGGUGGAACUAUCUCAUCCGAAUGCUGAGCUUAGGUUGCUUGAAGUUUUCUAUCACAAGAUAUACAAGAUUUUCCCCAUCAAUGAGAAGAUUGAGAACAUAAAUGACCAGUACUGGACUUUACGUGCUGAAGAGCAAGUCCAGAAUUUUGGGGAGCCGUUCUUUCUGGUCAUACAUGAAGGUGAGACAUUAGCUGACAUUAAAGUACGCAUUCAGAAGAAGCUGCAAGUUCCAGAUGAGGAAUUUUCCAAGUGGAAGUUUGCGUUUCUGUCACUGGGACGCCCGGAGUAUCUUGAGGAUUCUGAUGUUGUCUCUAGUCGUUUUCAGAGAAGAGAUGUCUAUGGUGCUUGGGAGCAAUACCUGGGGCUAGAACAUUCUGAUACUUCUCCCAAAAGGUCAUAUUUGGCAAACCAGAACCGGCAUACAUUUGAGAAGCCGGUGAAAAUAUACAAUUAGAGUUUGGACUUACAUUUACCUCAAAUGUGCCCCCACUUUCAUGCUCUGGUAAGAAAGUCGUAACAAAAAUGUGGUAAUGAAGAGGAGUAUUUUAGACAUGAAAGCACGGCAUUUGGUUCUUCCCCAAAAGUUACAGUGAUGUUUCACUUUUGAACAUUCUUUUGAAGGAAAGCUUCUCUUGUAGUAGACGUAUGUUGCUUUUAGUGGUCGGUAAUCUUCACUAUCUUGCUGUUGCCACCUUUCUUAUGUAAUUUGUGGAAAUUAACCUUGGCCCCCAUGUAAUUUUUAAGGGUUGUGUAAAGUGGGUAUAGUUAGGUCCUCUAUAUUACAUUUGUCUUGUGCUUUUUUGUAGACUACAUUGAUUGUGUAGCACUGUUUAUUAC